GCCGCCGUGAGGGGAGGCGGGACGGGACGGGGCGGGCUGAGGCGGCCAUGGCGGGCGCUGCCAGUGCCGGGGGCAGAUACCUGCACACCACAGUGAAGUUUCUGAGGAAAACUGGAGCUGAGCAGAGGUGGUUGGAACGGCACUUGAAGGAUCCCUUUGUCAAGGCAUCGAAGCAGCAGCAUUACCGAUGCCGGAGUGCCUUCAAGUUGCUGGAAAUUGAUGACAAGCUCCGUGUUCUUCGUCCAGGAUUUUCUGUUCUUGACUGUGGAGCAGCACCAGGUGCUUGGAGCCAGGUUGCUGUACAGAGGGUCAAUGCCUUAGGUACUGAUGCUGCUGUCCCCACUGGCUUCGUGCUUGGCGUUGACCUGCUGCGGAUUUCUCCCCUGGAAGGAGCGGUUUUCCUGUCGGAGACUGACAUGGCAGAGCCCAGCACGCUGAGGGCCAUCCAGAGCCUGCUUCCCUUGGGGAAGGCAGAUGUCAUCCUGAGUGACAUGGCACCCAACGCCACGGGCAUCAAAGAGCUGGAUCAUCAGAAGCUGAUCAGUCUGUGUUUAGGCCUUCUGGAUAUGUCCCAAAGCAUUUUAAAGCCAAAAGGAACGAUGCUCUGUAAAUUCUGGGAUGGAUCCGAGGCCCGUCUGCUGCAAAACAGACUGAAGGAGCAGUUCCAGGAUGUGAGAACUAUAAAGCCUCAGGCCAGCAGGAAGGACUCUGCAGAAUCUUAUUACUUGGCAAGGCUGUACAGAGGGAAAUGAAAGUCCUGAGCUGCAGAUUCUCUUGACAUGGAUUGGAAAUCUCAAUUUAGUGGGUGUUGAGAGGAAAAUGCCACCAUUAAGACCUUGGGAAAAUUUGCUGCUCUUCUUUAAGUCCAUCAGACUUUUCAAAUACUUGCGGACAAAAUGGUUGGGAAUGGAGAGGAAUAAUCUGAAAGGCAACCUCUGGGACUGCAGUAAGGGAAAUGAAAAUAAAAUACUGAUUAUAUGA